AUGGCGGAGGAGGAAGGCGAUGUGGCUGAGGAGGAUGUGUUCCUGGCGUUUGCCAGGCGUCCUUGUCCUCCCAGAGGUCCCCUGCGUCGGGCCUUGGACAAGGCCUUCUUUAUCUUCCUGGUCCUCUUCCUGAUGCUACUGACACUGGAGGCUGUUUAUAAGCUGCUGUGGCUGCUACCGUGGGCAAAGUUUGGGGACUGGCUCCUGAGAACACCUCAGAAGGAGGAGGAGCUGGAAUUGUGAC